GGGUGUGGAGGCCAGUUCCUGGCAGUCCGUGGGUGUCGGCGCGCGUACUGCCCCAGCAACGCCUCCACCACCAGUCUCCGUCCCCACACACACACACUGCCACGCUACACCUCCCCAUGCCCGCCCUCGCACUCUUGCUGCACUCACUACACUCCAGGCGUCGCCAGCCCCGCGUCCUGCACAAUCCCCAGUAGUCGAGAGGAGCAAGUGACGCCUUGAAGUCUCCCUGAGGCCGCCACGUGCUGCACAGUCUGUCUGCCUGCAUGCGCCACCACGCCUCUCCCUCUCCUUCAUGGCAUCUCUCACCGCCUCAGAUGACACACGUGUAACUCUUACUCUCGAAACAUCGUACAAUUAAAUGCUAUAAACUGUGUUGGUGGAAAAAAAGAGGCGAGUAAGUGAGGGGUGGAGUGAGUGGCCACUUACACUGUCAGUAAGUCCGCGUGAUUGACAACAACAGGCCGCCAGCUCACGAGGAUCAACCACACUUCCUCAGUCUAGGCAGAGGGUGAUGCUGUGUAGUUACUGCCGUCCACGAUCAUCCUGUCAGCGCCGCUAGCAGUGGAUCGUGCAGACUGGCCACCAGUUAGUGUGGCUGAGACUCUUGGCGCAAAAGGACGACGGUUGGCUGUGGUGAAGGCCGGGGGUCCAGCGCCGGCAUUUGCUAGUGAAGCGCGACCUUGACCGUGAAGGGAGACAGUAGUAGCCCCGCCCACUACCGCACACCACUGCCCCAGCUCCUGGCCCCACGUGGACCCGCUCUCACCAGUCCUGCACCACCACCACCACCACCAUCCUUCAUCUCCAACUUGUGGCAUCUGGAGAGUCAGUAUAGUGUGCAGUCUUCCCCCUAACUCUCCUUCCCUCGGUUUAACUCCCACGACACAGAAAACGAACACGAUAACCCCAUCCCCAAAAAAAGAACGUUCACUACAACUUCCUUAACUCAGAUUUAUUCCCGAAAAGACUCUGAAAAAAAAAGGGAAAACAAACCACUUGAACUUACAAAACAAAAGAACUCGGUAGAAUUUAACAAUGGAGGUGGUAUUCAAAGUGAGCGUCUUGGUGUGGGCGAUCGUGAUUUUGUUGGCCCCUACACAAGCACAAGGCGGCUGUAGGCUUGGACCGCACGAGUACAGAGUGGGAGAGGUCUGGCAUCCCCGACUCCGUAACUCUCAGUCGAACUACUGUGUCACCUGCCGCUGUAUUUUGAACGAAGACGGAGAGUUAGACUACGACUGUUCCAGCGAACCUUGUCCCGAGGGUUGUAGCGGAGGACCAGACCAGGGAGAGUGUUGCUCCAUCUGCUCAGGGACUCCUGAAGAAGGCAAUUCAUCAGGAGAGGGCAACGGGGCUUCGUCUUCCCCCACGAACACCGGCACCAGCAGCAGCGUUGAGGCAGAAACAGCUGUUGUCUCUUCCUCCUCCUCCUCUGAUUCCGACUCCUUAUUCAUGGAGCCGAUGUUGGGUGAGGCCUCCUCCAGGGUGUGUGUGGUGGCCGGCAUGAUGUACAACCACGGCGAUACAUUCUCUUCCAACUACAGCGAUGCCGUCUCCGAUAAGUGCGAACACUGUUACUGCAACGAUGGAGAGGCACAGUGUAGGACCAAGACCUGCCCUCAGGUCUCCUGUUCUACACCAAUCUACACCAGGCGUGACUGUUGCCGUGUGUGUCCUGAUGACUCCACUGAACUAGACUGGGAUACCAUGGUUUCCUUCACCGACCCCUCAGCACCCAAAGGAAGUUCCGAUCACGACUGUAAAAUCGGAGGAAGGUAUUUCAUCAAUGGCUCCAUCUGGCACCCUGUUAUCGGUCCCUUCGGCGAGAUGGACUGUGUGUUAUGCAAGUGUUACAACCGACGGAUCGACUGUUCUCGCCUCAAGUGUCAGAGUCGGGAUAAGUUGCAGUGUAAUAAGCCUAUUAAAGUGGCUGGACAGUGUUGCCCAAUAUGUCCUCUUAAGUUGCUAAUAAACACAUCACCUCAGGCCUCUAGGGGUACAGCGCGUUGCCUGAGUGACCGCUCUCAACAGGCUGUAUGGAAGAACAACGGUGCAGGCAAUAAUUCAGGCGUUCUCCACUACGUGUUUGAGCCGCUAGAGGGAGGAACGAGCAAUAUACUCCACCUUCACCGCAUGAUCCUCAAGAACCGCAACUUGGAAAAACUCGACAUUUUGGACAUCUCUCGGUCUGAGUUCCGUGAUCUUCGUUCCACUUAUACCUUCAGUCUCCUCGGCGGCACCAGCACCAGGUUGAUGAACAGGUUUAAGAAGCGGGAACAGCGUGUGGAGCGACGUUGCAAGAAGAAGGGGCGUUGUAACCUGCAGCUGGAAGGCAUGGAGAAAAUUCUGAAGGUGAAGCCCGCGCAGGAGAGAGCUCGUUGUCCCCGGGGCGAGAGGCAGAUCUGAGGAGAAUAAUGAAUUAGUCUACAGUACUUUCUAGUCAGGACCGGGGGCUGUGUACCAUCACUGUCUCUCACUGUACGAGAAGGGCUGCCACCACCACCACUGUCUCUCACUGUACGAGAAGGGCUGCCACCACCA